AGAACAGAAAUAUACAGGCCUAGUUCAUGAAAGGCAUGAAAGGAAACAUGUGCAGCUACAGAUAGUACCUUGUGACAUUUAAAUUUGCUAGUUAAUUUUUAUCCACCUCAUUAAUUGAAAGAGAUGUUUUCUUUUUUCUCCUUCUUUUCUUUGUGACAGAGCCGACAGAAAAUCCAUUUGGCACUUUGAGGACACUGCUGGAUACUCCUGUUAAAGAAAGUUCUCUUUGAGUUAUUUGGUUUCUUGCUUUCCUUUAGAAAUGGGAGCUGUCAGUGGAUUUAUAAAAUACUCUAUGCUUAUCUUCAACUUCGUAUUCUGGGUAUGUGGCUGUGUCAUCCUGGGAGUAUCAAUAUACGUACGUGUCAGCGACCAAGGGCAAAAACUCAUUAACGCACAUGCAGAGGCAGGCAGCUUAAAUGCUGCUGCAAAUCUCAUGAUAGCUGUGGGUGCCAUUAUCAUGGUCCUUGGUUUCCUGGGAUGCUGCGGUGCUAUGAGAGAAAGUCGUUGCAUGCUGCUCUUGUUCUUCAUCGGACUACUUCUGAUAGUGAUUCUUCAGAUUGCUGCAGGUGUGGUAGGCGUUGUCUACAAAUCCCAGAUUGAAGAAGUAUUUAGAGAGAGUUUUGAGGAACAAGCAAGCACUUUGAGCCAAGAUUCUACCGAACAGGAAUCAUUUAAAAAUGAGUUGGCUGACUUUCAAAAGCAGUUUAAAUGCUGUGGCUUGGUCAAUGGGGCUGCUGACUGGGGAAAGAACUUCGACCAGUAUGGUUCAUCAUGCGAAUGUAUAAAUGCUACUAACACAAACGAUGUUUGUGUAUCAUAUAAUGGAAAACUAGUUUACAAACAGACAUGCGGUGACGUCAUGCUAGAUGCGCUAAAGCAGAAUUUGAUUAUUGUUGCCGCGAUUGCAUUUGCAGUGGCGGUGAUUGAGAUUCUUGGUUUGGUGUUUUCCAUGGUCUUGUACUGCCAGAUUGGGAGAAAAUGAAACUACAGGAGUUAAGCAGUCACCCAUCAAGUCUACCUUCUAACAAUUCCCUUUGCUCUUAAAAAAAAUACAACUUUGUGAAGAAAUAUUCAAUUUGCUAAAAUAGUACAUUUUGCUGAAAGCAUGGGUAAUUUCAUUAUGCAUCAGAUGACUUUAAGAAUUAAAUGACAAUGAUGUGAAUGUAUAUUUUUAUUCAGAAUAAAAACACAUUUUGUUCUAAUUGA